AUUUCUGUAAACUGCCUGCUGAAACCGGACGAUGUAAUGCCAAAAUCCCACGCUUCUACUACAACCCACGUCAACAUCAAUGCAUAGAGUUUCUUUAUGGUGGAUGCGGAGGGAAUGCUAACAAUUUUAAGACCAUUAAGGAAUGCGAAAGCACCUGUGCUG